CCUCUGUACAUUAAUCCCUAAUCUUCCAUCGCUUCUAGAAGAUCAUGGAGAUACUCAAAGGUACAGGCUUUUCCUUGCUCGCCUUCUUCCUAGCAUGCAAUGCUCUGGUCCCCGUUCGUAGCCAGCUUCUUCCUAUAGUCGAUCCAGUUGGCAGCAAUGGCAGCCAAAUCAAGACCUACAUCGUUCAUGUUUACCCGCCCGAGGACAUGGAGCUCCUUGGCGCCGAACAACUUGAGAACUGGCACAGAUCCUUCUUGCCCAACACCACUCUUGAUUCGGGUGAGCCGAGGCUGAUCUACUCGUACCACAGUGUGAUCAGUGGGUUUGCAGCGAGGCUCGCCCCGGAUGAAGUGAAGGGCAUGGAGAAAAUGGAGGGGUUUGUGUCUGCACGACCAGAGCAGCACCUUCGUCUUGGCACGACGUAUACCCCAAAAUUCUUGGGGUUGGACCAAUAUGAUAGCCUGUGGAUGAAGUCCAGGCAAGGCGAGGGGGUGAUCAUAGGGGUGCUGGACAGCGGCAUCGUUCCCACCCAUCCUUCUUUCGAUGCCAAGGGCAUGCCAGAACCCCCCAUAAAAUGGCGUGGCUGCUGUGAGUUCAACAAUACCAGAUGCAACAAGUGGGUCCCGAAGCCCUGCAACAAUAAGCUCAUCGGUGCCGCGGCCUUCGGGAUCAGCCGCACGCCGGACGAUGACAUCGGGCACGGGACUCACGUCGCCGGCAUUGUGGCUGGAAACUUCGUCGAUGGUGCUCAAGUACUCGGUCAAGCCAAGGGUACCGCAGCCGGCAUGGCCCCUAGAGCUCACCUGGCGGUCUACAAGGUGUGCAGCACACUCUUCCACCGAACCAGCUGUCAUGACACCAAUAUACUAGCCGGCAUCGAAAAGGCCAUGGAUGAUGGUGUCGAUGUGCUUUCGAUGUCCAUCUAUUUGCGGGGAGAAAAAAUUCACAGCAGCAGCAUCGCCCAAGGCACGUUUCGAGCAAUGGAGAAGGGAAUCAUCUCCGUCUGCUGCGCGGGAAAUGAAGGGCCCGACCCUAGUAGCAUAGCUAAUGAUGCACCAUGGAUUCUGACCGUGGGGGCAAGCUCCAUCGACAGGGUAGCGAGGGCGACCGUGAGGCUCGGUAACGGGAUGGAAUUUGAUGGAGAAUCUGCCUACCAACCGGCGAACUUCAGCAGCUCCACGAUGAUGCCCAUCGCCUACCCCGGGGUUAUCGAUACAAAUGUCAAGAAAGCUUGCCAGGAUGGGGCGUUCCACGGCAUGAACAUAACAGGGAAGAUCGUGCUGUGCGGGCAAGGAUUCAAUGACCCC